CUGCGCUGGAGCUCGGCUCCCCGGGGACCGCAGCAGCCGCUGGAGACCGCCAGGUGAGCAGUAGAUAUGGAUCUAGACAGCGUUUCCCCAUUCUCUUCUCUGCAAGCUCUUGCUAAACUGCUUGCUGACCCUCAGGAAGAAGACAGUGAUGACAAUGACUUCGGGUCACAUUCUUCUUCUGUUAGCACUGUGGGUCCCGGGAAUAUCGGACCAGCAAAGAAAGCAGAGCCCACAGUCACCCCUGAUGUGAAGUCUGGAAAUCGUAAAGAUAUCUGGAAUACAGAGGAGGUGCCAGAAGGAUCAGAGUUUGAUGAUAUCUGGGAUCCAAGGGAACAGCCAGAGUAUGAGAUUUUAUUCAAGCAGCAGGUAGGAGCGGAGGACAUCUUCCUGGGGAUGAGCAGAAAGAACCCUUCCACAGCCUGUUGCGAGGACAUGCUGAUUAAAAUCAAACUGCCAGAUACAAAGUCUUCAGACAUUACACUUGACAUCCAGGACAAGAUUCUUGACCUUCGAACCCCAAAAAAGAAGCUGCUACUGCAUCUCCCCCACCCUGUGGACAGCAAGAAUGGCAAAGCUUGUUUCAUUUCAGAAAAGGAGACCCUGGAAGUCACCUUGAGGAUGAAAAGAGAGUUUGACUUCAUCAAUUUUGCCUAAGGGAAAAUGGGGAAUGUUUUCAAACAGUGAUCUAUAUGUCUACCUGAUUGAUAGCCAAACGUUAGCCUAUUCCCCUUGGGAAUGGUUCAGGAAGGAUAGAUCCUUCCACUGCAGCUCCUAGUUGUGCAGUUAGGCAGUGUGAUGAACCACCCCAUAUGUCUAUUGGAGGUGAAUAGGAAUCAGAGGUGUCUCUGAGCAAGUAUAGUAUAGUAUUUCUAUCUUUGUGCAAUUCUAUCUCUGAGCUUGGGAUCCCAGCCUUACCAUAUAAAUUCUCAGAACUUCUGAAUUUUUUCUGAACUCAUCUUGGUGAGUGAGUGUGACCCAGAACACCAGGUGUAAUGGCCAAUGGAACAGGACUGCGAGACACCUUUUCUGCCUCUUAGAUAAAAUCCUGCAGAGAUCAUGGAUGGAGAUGAUCCCAUCUUUAGCCUCUCAUGGAACUCUACUGUUUGUUGUGCGGGAUUCCCAGGUCAAGCUUGAUCUUCCCCUGUUAGAUAGCACUCAUCAUUCCAUAUCUCAGAAAGGAGAUGCCCGUGAGUCCUAUUGACUUCACUGAGCUUUGGAUUAGGCCUUAGAUGGUAGUGCAUCACUUGGUCCAGAGGGCAGGACCAAGACCAGACAUAUAUAUUUGGUUUGAAUUAUUUGUCACUGGGUUGCUGCUGUUAAUGUGAUGCUGUA